CCCCUCGCCCGCGCCUUGCCCUGCCUGCUUUCGCUCCGCUUGCUCCAGGGGCGCUCCUCCGGCCCGUGGGGGGAUGAAGCCCCCAAACUGGCACUGCGCUCCUCCCCUCCUCCGGUUUUAUGGGUCCUGCAGAAGCGUCCUUGUGCUUGUGCGGUGCCCGUUAACGCUGCUGAGCCCAUCUCCUGCUGGCAGUUCGUUUUUGCCCUUCCAGAAUGAUACAGAUCUUAGACCCAACACCCUUGCCAAGCUCCAUCAUGCCUGUGGAUGUGGCCAUGAGAAUUUGCUUAGCCCAUUCUCCACCGCUGAAGAGUUUUCUCAGCCCCCUUGAGGACUGUCAAAGAAACAACUUUGUGAACAGAUUCAAACCUCUCAGACCAUGUCUUCAUGUGAAACGUGACUCCGAAGCUCAGAAAAGUGACUGGAACCACUCAGCAGACCGAGCCAAGAAGCGAGUUGUGUUUGCGGACUCGAAGGGGCUGUCCCUGACGGCGAUACACACCUUCUCUGAGUUCCAGGAGCAACCUGGGUGGGAUCUUCAGUUUGACCUCUUAGGCCUUGAAAACAUAACAUCUGGCUUAAAGCUACAUGAGGAGAAAAACUUGAUUCUGGGUUUCCCUCGGCCCUCAGCUGACUACCUGGACUUCAGGAACCGCCUGCAGAAGAACAUGGUCUGCCUGGAGAACUGCACCCUGCAAGAGAAGGUGCUGUCGGGCACUGUGAAAGUAAAAAACGUGAGCUUUGAGAAAAAGGUUCUCUUUCGAAUUACCUUUGAUACGUGGAAGACCUACACGGACGUUGAGUGUGUAUACAUGAACAAUGUUUACAGCGAUUCUGAAAACGAUACCUUCUCAUUUACCAUUGACUUGCCCCCUGCCAUUUCCUCUGAAGAGAAGAUAGAGUUUUGCAUUUCUUACCAAAGUGGAGAACAUACCUUCUGGGACAAUAACGAGGGUCAGAAUUACAAGAUUCUCCACGCAGAGUGGAAGUCUGAUGGUGUUCAGAUACCAUCUGCCAAGAAGGACUGUGUAGAUCUUCAGACUCCAAGGAGAGGACAAGAGAGAGAGCCUGAUCAACUAGGCAGUCCGAGGCUGUCCAGUGGUCUCUUUCCCCAGUGGCAGAGCAUGGGUCGGAUUGAAAAUUCAUCACCAUAUUGGUGAUCAAGACUAGCAAGGAAGCAUUAUUCCAUUUGGCAACAGAAGCGUUAGUUUUCUGGGUCACAUACUAUGUGACAAAAAUACCUGGCAGGUUUUGUUGGCUGUCUGAACAAAUAGAAAUUCACUAGUCUGCAGGACUUGUUAAACUAUAUUAUGCUACUGAAGUUCUUAGCCAAAACUUAUCCUUGGAAAGAAAGGAAACCAAGAUAAAACCUACGCGUAUGCCACCUACUAUAGAAACAGCAUGCCCAUAUCUUAAGUAUAUGCUGCUUUCAUUCUGCUGUAGACUCUCCUGACUCAGUAGGCGAGAGACUCUUGUGAGGAAGUAUGGAAGGCGAGAUGGUAUCUUUGCAAGCUGUACUAACUGCAUGUGUGCGAGUGUGUGUGUGUGCACAGGGGCGUUACAUGAGCGGAACCUCAUGAUUCAUUCUGGACCCGUUAGGAGUGCAGUAGAGAUGAGGCGAUGCUGUCAGGAUGGAGGCUUGCUGUGACCCUCUGCAUGCUUGUAGCAGAGGCAGGUAGGAAUGCAUGGCUAGGAUUUGUGGCUUCUAUACGGAUUAAGAAACUUGGAGAGGCUAAUGGAAAAGUGGGAAAAGGCGAAGAGGUAGGAUGGGCUGUAUAACUUGGAGACAGGCAAUGUUCCAAUUUCUUCUUUCCAAAGCUGGUCUGCUAAAUCCCAGGGAAAGUUCUAAAAAGGAGGCUAGAGAAAAUCAUGCAGAGUGGAUGGUGGAAGUGACUGCUGCUUUGGGAAGACAUCUCUGUCCUUGCUGGCUUUGCAAAUAAUAAAUGUCUUGCAGUUGAGAACAAAUCUAACCUUGACAUCAUCAUCCUACUCACUUAGCAGGCAGAUGGUUACCUUCUAAUGUUAAAAAUGUGCCUUGUAGAAACAUUCUACAACCGCCCUACAUGCCAAAAAUAGGGUUAGGUGACAGUGAUUUGUAAACUUCCUACUCUGUAGCAGCGUUACAUGAUUUUUACUCAUCACCUGAUCCAAUCUUACAGCAUCUGAUGGUUGAGUAUCCUGCUUCCUAUUGCAAAGUUAACGAUGACUUUCACAAGUGUGUAACAUAGUCAAGCUCCUUCAUAUUGAAGACACUGUAUUAGCUAUACUUUGUGAAAGCUGGUUUCUUUAAAAGAGCAGGGUUGCUACUGGUUUUUUCUAGACUGAAUAUAGGCUUGCACAUAAAUAGAAACCUGCUGUUUUAUCGUACCUCAUUUUAAGUGUUGUUUGGUGGUUGUUUUUUUUUUUAGACUUCAGUGAACUAAUGUAUAUUUUGUUUCUGUAUGCUUAUAAUUUAGCUUUCUGAACUAUCAAACUGUAAAGGUGAUCUGUGUUUCCUGCAAAACUUGCGUGAGAAAUUGUUCAAUUCAUGCACUCAGCCAGUGUGAAUACUGGCACACCUUUUAGCUGUACAGAAAUGGUAUUGACAUUAAAAUAUAAAUCACAUUUUGCCCAUUGCUAAGAAGUAUAAUAUCCUGAGUCUGAAGCUAUUUGCAGUGCAGCGAGACGAUAAAUACUGAGGUGAAAUAAGCCUCUUUCACUAAUUGCACUUUUUCCCCUACGUAACCCUUGCUGUUAUGUGUAAACUAGCCAUUUUAAGAAUAAAUUGUAUUUUGAUACA